AUGAUCAGAACCGCAUACAAAUCAGGUAUCACCAGAGCAUCUUUGUCAAAGCGCUACUUGGGUAAUGUGUCAAAGCUUUACUAUCCUGAAGAAGUUACUGGUCCUGUUCUUGUUUCUGAGAAUGUUCCUGGUCCUAAGACCAUUGAAUUGAACAAAAAGUUGGGUGAACAUUUUGACAACAGAGCCACUUACUUUGUCACUGAUUACAAGAACUCUUUAGGUAACUAUAUUUCUGAUUGUGAUGGAAACAAGUUAUUGGAUGUUUACGCCCAAAUCUCAUCUAUUGCCUUAGGUUACAACAACCCUGCAUUGAUCAAGACUGCUCAAUCUGAAGAUAUGGUCAAUGCAUUAGUCAACCGUCCUGCUUUGGCAUGUUUUCCCAGUAAAGAAUAUGGUCAAAUCUUGGAAGAAGGUAUUUUGGCCGCUGCUCCUCCAGGUAUGACAAAGGUUUGGACUGCAUUAAGCGGUUCUUGUGCCAACGAAACUGCUUACAAGGCUGCAUUGAUGUACCAAGCUAGUAUUAAGAGAGGUGAUAAUGAUUUCACUGCCGAGGAAUUGUCUUCAGUAAUGGACAAUGCCCUUCCAGGUACUAGCGACAUGGUAAUUAUGUCAUUCGAUAAGGGUUUCCAUGGUAGAUUGUUUGGUUCUUUGUCUACCACUAGAUCUAAGGCUAUUCACAAGUUAGAUAUUCCUGCUUUCGACUGGCCAAAGGCUCCUUUCCCAGAAUUAAAAUACCCAUUGAGUGAAUUUGAAGCCGAAAACAGAAAGGAAGAAGAAAGAUGCCUUGCUGAAUUUGAACGUAUCAUUGAUCAAUGGCCAACUCAAAUUGCUGCUUUCAUCGUUGAACCAGUUCAAUCUGAAGGUGGUGAUAACCAUGCAUCUGCAUUCUUCUUCAAGGGUUUAAGAGAAAUUUCCAAGGCCAAAGGUGUUUUGAUGAUUGUUGACGAAGUUCAAACUGGUGUUGGUGCAUCAGGUAAGUUCUGGGCUCAUGAACACUGGAACUUGCCAACUCCUCCAGAUAUGGUUACUUUCUCCAAGAAGUUCCAAGCAGCUGGUUUCUACUUUGCUAACCCUGAUUUGCAACCUAAACAACCAUUCAGACAAUUCAACACUUGGUGUGGUGACCCAUCUAAGGCUUUGCUAGCAAAGACAAUCUACCAAGAAGUUACUCACUACGGUUUGGUUGGUAGAACUGCUGAAAUUGGUGACUAUGUAUACGGUAACUUGCAAAGUAUCUUUACCAAGUUCCCUACUCAAGUAAAGAACUUGCGUGGUGAAAAGUUUGGUACCUUCAUUGCCUUUGAAUUCAACACUGCCAAUGAAAGAAACGCCUUUUUGGUUGCUGCUAGAAACAAGGGUUUGAACAUCGGUGGUUGUGGUGACCAAAGUGUCAGAAUGAGACCUACUUUGGUCUUUGAAAGGGAACAUGCUGAUGUUUUCUUGCAAAUUGUGGAAGAUACCUUGAAGCAAUUGUAUCCUUGA